AGGAAGUGAUUUGAAUGCAGUUUGUUUUCAUGACUUUCUGAACUUAAGGAGUAAAACAAGUUUUAGCAGUGGAUCUACUGCCUUGCUUUAGUACCUCCAUUUCUUAUCAAAUAACUGUGUAGGGGUUAAAGUACCAAGAAAACCAAAUAUGGCAUCUUCCAUGAGGAGCUUGUUUUCUGACCACGGCAGAUACGUGGAAGCUUUUCGGAGGUUUCUCGACAGUUCCACGGAACACCAGUGCAUGCAGGAAUUCAUGGAUAAGAAGCUGCCAGGAAUAAUAGCAAGGAUUGGAGACACAAAACAAGAAAUUAAGAUUCUAAGCAUAGGUGGAGGUGCAGGUGAAAUUGAUCUCCAAAUUCUCUCCAAAGUCCAGGCUCAAUACCCAGGAGUUCUUAUCAACAAUGAAGUUGUUGAGCCAAGUGCUGAACAAAUUGCCAAAUACAAAGAGCUCGUAUCCAAGACAUCAAACCUCGAAAACAUAAAGUUUGCUUGGCAUAAUGAGACAUCAUCAGAAUACCAAAAUAGAGUAAUAGAGAAAAAAGAGCUUCAGAAGUGGGACUUUAUUCAUAUGAUUCAGAUGCUGUAUUAUGUAAAAGACAUCCCAGCUACCUUGAAAUUCUUCCAUAGUCUCUUAGGUGCCAGUGCUAAGAUUCUUAUUAUUCUUGUGUCAGGAACCAGUGGCUGGAACAAGCUGUGGGGAAAGUAUGGAUCCCGCCUUCCCCACAAUGACCUCUGCCUGUACGUCACAUCGUCACACCUCACUCAGACGCUGUGCAACCUGGGAUUGAAGUAUGAAUGCUAUGACCUUCUGUCAACCAUGGACAUAUCUGACUGUUUUGUUGAUGGCAAUGAAAAUGGAGACCUGCUUAUGGAUUUUUUGACUGAAACUUGCCACUUCAGCACAACAGCACCACCUGAUCUCAAAACAGAAAUUCUGAAAGAUCUACAAGAGCCCGAAUUUAGUGUAAAGAAAGAGGGGAAGAUUCUUUUUAAUAAUACUCUGAGUUUCAUAGUGGUGGAGGCAUAACUAUCAAUCAUUUAAGAGUAUCUUCGAAAAUUAAAUGUUGAACAAUGUUGAUCAUUCAUUUUCACAUUAAAAUUAAAAAUACAUCUCAAUGCAGAUAAAGCAUAAUUUCUUAUAUAUGAAAUCUAGAAAAUUGCAAGACAUUCUGGAUUUCCAUGUAGAAUGUAUGGGAAUAUGGGAUACUGACAAUUUUAUCUUGUCCCUUCUCCAAGUAGAGAGAUCACACAUAGGCUAAAUACCACAUAAGUUGGAAAAAUGAGAAAACUGAAUUUCACUGACAUAUUAAUAAUAAAAGCCUUACAUUUGCUGACUGCCUGGAAUUUUCUAGAAUAUUAAUAAAAUAUUACACUAUGGAUUCCUUAAAUAUCAUUAAAGUACAUAUUUAUUGAUACUUUGAUCAGUAAAAAGUAUGUUCAUUGAUUUCAUUGAUUUUUUCCCCUUUUGUGAAUAAAUAUUUGUCCUUGAA